GGGAAAUCCUUCCCAUUUGCCCUCGAGUAUCAUCACGCUCCAUUUCAUUCUUCUCUUCCGUCCCCUUCCCUUCCCUUUUACCUUUCACAAAAUGGCCCAUUGCGAGCGGGCUUCGAAGCCCUUGCUCCAAUGCCUGCAGAAGACUUACACCAAGGGUCUUCCAGGUCUCCAGCUGCAGUCGACCCGCGCCUUCCAAACAACGGCUCUGGCGCGCGAAGAGGUUCAAACUGAGACCAAGUCCCAACCCUUCUACCGGGCCCCCGAUCCGGAAUUGGUGACGAACCCCCGACUCGAGCGGCAACUGUUACGCCAGGGUGUCGCCCCCGUUGGAUCCCGCCGUCGUCGCGCGGCCCUGUCCGAUUCCCUCAACAUCCCCUUCGAGCAGCUGCCCUAUCAAUGUUUCCAGGAGGCACGGAAGGUCCUGCUGGCGGACCGCGAGGAGAAGCUGCGCGACAUCACGUCGAUGCGGGAGAAGAUCGCGAGGCUCGAGGCCCUGACGACAGAACAAGCCGGGGGUGAACAGGUGAAGAAGUCCAAGCUGCGGGCCAUGGAGCUUCACCUGGAUUAUCUGAAGGUCCAGGCGGACAUCAACGACCCGCUCGUGAAGAGGAAAUUUGAAGAUGGGCAAGGUGAUAUGAGCAAGCCUAUCUACCGGUUUUUGGCCGAUCGCAAAUGGAGGGAGUACCGCCGCAAGGUCCUCGUGCAACGCAUUACACAGAUGAAGGUUGUUCCCGAUGUGGUUCAGUCCUGCGAUCCUACUCUGGACACGAAACUAUACUUUGGCCGCCGCCAGAUCCAGCCGGGCGAGUUUGUCGACUCCAAAGCCAGCACUGAGGCCCCCAAGCUGGACGUGCAAAUGUUCGAGGGCGGCGAGAAGCUGGUGACCAUCGCCGUGGUCGACUCGGACGUCCCCAACGUCGAGAAGGACAGUUUCGAUUACAAGAUGCACUACCUGGCCGUCAACGUCCCGAUCUCGGCCGUCAACACCAAGGUGGAUCUGGGCCAGCUGCCGACCGAUUCGCAGGUGGUCCUCCCCUGGGUGCCUCCGGUUGCUCAGAAGGGCAGCCCUUACCACCGUCUGUCUCUGCUCAUUUUUGAGCAGAAGGAGUCGCAGUCAUUGGACUUUGCCGCCAUCAAGGCCAAGGAGAAGAGACGCGAGAAUCUCCACUGCCGCACCCUGCAGGAUCGGUACCACCUGAAGCCUAUUGGAGCGUUCCUGUUCCGGACCCAAUGGGACGACUCGAUGUACGAGGUCAUGAAGUCGAUCGGAUACCCCGACGCGGAGAUGGAGCUCCGCCGCAAGCGUGCCGAGCGCCUUCCUUACAAGCGCAGAAACCCGGCCAACAUGCGGUGAUUGUUUUUUGUUUGUGUUUUCCGUUGGACGUUAUUGUACAAGAGAGCUUUUAUGUAUGAAUAUGCAC